GCCACCCACGCUCGUCAGCUGAACGAUGCGGCGGAGGAAGAGGAAGCCCCCGAGGAUGAUGGGGGUACUAUAUGGCCCCAAGGUCGGCGGAGAUUCAAUCGCCAAUCCUAAAUCCUCUGAUGGCGGCAAACAAUUUCGAGAUCAAGUCGGCUCUAGUGACUAUGAUACAAAGCAAUGCUUUAUUCCACGGCCUUGAGAGUGAGUCACCAAGAGAGCGUGUGCAGAGGUUCUUGGAGCUCGCGAGGACUUGAAAAUCAAUGGUGUGCCAUGCGAAGCUUUGCUACUAAGGCUUUUCCCAUACUCACUCAGGGAAAGCACUUAGGUGACUGAACAAUCGCCCACCUCGGUCAAUCACCUCAUGGGACGGCCUCCUCAACAAGUUUGUGGCUCGCUACUGCCAGCCUCCGAAGAUGGCGGAGUGGAGAAAGAAGAUAACCCAUUUUGAGCAAGAAGAGGACGAUACCUUGAGGGAUACUUGGUAGAGGUACUCCGACUAUUUUCUUCACUGCCCUCACCACGGGUUUGAAGAACAGUUUCGGAUCAAAACCUUCUAUGGAGGCCUAAUGCAAGAAGAUAAAAUUCUCAUUGACUCCUUGUGUCAAGGGAAAUUGAUGAAUAUGGCUCCGCCUAAAAAUAGCCGAGAUACUUGAAGACAUAACCCUCAGAAGAUACGAUUGGGGGUUGACUAGAAGUAGAAAAAGAAGCAAUGAUAGGGGAGUGAGAAGCGUGGGAGCGAGUGCUCCGCUUGAGGCGAAGUUGGAUAAGUUUAUAGAGGUUAUGCUUGAAGAUAAGAGGCAAGGGAAAAGGCUGGUGAUUUCGUGCGACUGGUGCUCGAGCAUGCGUCAUGAGAUGGCGGAGUGUCAAGCAAUGAAGGAGGCAACCGCUCUGGAGGAACAAGUAAACUUCAUGGCAAAUGCUAGGGUCAACAACCCGUAUAGCAAUACUUAUAACCCCGGAUGGAGGAACCACCCCAACUUUUCUUGGGCAUCGCCGACAAAUCCGAGGCCCCCGGUUUCAGGCCCCCAUGGGAAAUUUCCAACCUCGGUCGACCUUCAUCCAACAAAGACCUCAAGUCCAAGGCUCAAGCUUCCUCAAGUUGGAGGACGAGUAUGGAGGUUUCAUGGAAAUACUCCGCAACCUCCACCUCCACAUCCCUUUCCUUGAACCCAUGGCUCAGAUGCCAAGUACCUCAAAGGAUUCUUCACAAAGAAGCCAUAGCUUGAAGGCCUUGCCAACGUGACUCUUGGUGAGGAGUGUUCGGCUUACCUCCUCAAUCGCUUGCCCAAAAAGCGGUAUGAGCCAGGUAGUUUUACUAUCCCUCCUUAUAUUGGUAACCAUCAUAUAGACAAUGCCUUCACGAACCUAGGAGGUAAUGUUAAUGUGAUGCCCUACAAGCUUUUCAAAAAGUUAGAAAUAGGUAAACUUAAGACCUCUAAGUUUAGCAUCACCUUAGCCGACCAUUCAGUCAUUAGCUCGAGGGGUAUUGUGGAGGACAUGAUGGUGAGAGUGUGCAAGUUUUGCUAUCCGACCGAUUUUGUGAUUCUCGACAUAAGUGAGGACUUGGAUAACUCGGUCUUCCCUUUCUUGCCACCGCCAAGGCAUUGAUAGACGUAAAUGACGGGACCUUGAUUCUGAGGGAUGGUAAGGAGAGAAUCAAGCUUGAAAUUGACA